UCUUCAAAAGUCUCCACUCCACCAUCUACUUUCAAAUUGUGGUCUUCUGCAAUCUCGUUUCAGUGAUCUGUUCCUAAAAUCUCCUUCAAAACAGUUUGCUUAAUUUGCUUCUUUUGGUUGCGUCCACCUUGUUGUCUUCUUCCGGUGGCUCUAAAUGGCUUUGAGCAGUCCAAGAUCCUCUGCAUCUAUUCCUUCAUCACCUGCUGAUCCUCAGUUCAAGCAUGAUGUGUUUCUCAGUUUCAGGGGAGAGGAUACUCGGAAGGGGAUUACAUCCCAAUUAUAUGAGGAACUGCAACACAGGAGAGGAAUAAAAACAUUCAAGGAUGAUAAAGAGCUCGAAGUAGGGGUGGCUAUUUCUCCUAGUCUCCUAAUGGCAAUAGAAGAAUCCAGGUUUGCUAUCGUUAUUCUGUCGCCAAACUAUGCUUCUUCUCCUUGGUGUCUGGAUGAACUUACAAGGAUUUGUCAAUGCAUGGAAGGCAAGGACACAAUUCUGCCACUAUUUUAUCAUGUGGAUCCAUCUGAUGUACGACACCAAAAGAACAGUUUUGAAGUGGCUUUCACUAAGCAUGAAGAAAAUUUUAGGCAACCGAAGGACAAGGUGAAGCAGUGGAGAGUUGCUUUACAGAAAGUGGCCAAUGUAUCCGGGUGGGAUUUAAAGAAUUACGGGUCUGAUGGAGAACUUGUCAAAGAUAUUGUGGAAUUUGUGUGCAGUAAAGUACAAUCAAUAGAAUUUGAGUCUACACUGUACACAGCAGGUUUUGAACCAUUUGAAUCAACAAUACAAGCCAUGGAAGAGGUCACGAAGGCACUGAAAAAUGAUGACAUCACUACCAUUGGGGUUGAGGGCAUGGGAGGGGUUGGCAAGACAAGCAUGGUGAAAUAUGUUGCUGCACAAGCUCUAAAAAAUGGGCAUUUUAAUCAUGUGAUUUUGGCUGUCAUAUCCCAAAGUCCCGACUUGUUAAGAAUUCAAGGCAUAUUCGCAGACCUUCUGCACUUGAGAUUGCAUGAGGAGACAUUGAUUGGAAGAGCUGUUAAAUUGAGAGCUAGGAUGAUGAGAGCAAACAAGAUCCUCAUAAUCUUAGAUGACAUGUGGGACGAAAUUGAUUUGUCAAGCAUAGGAGUUCCAAACUACAGCGAGCUUCAAAGAUGCCAUUCCAAAGUCAUGCUGACCACAAGAAGAAGAAAUGUAUGUCACGUCAUGAGAAUGCAAGCACAAAUUACUCUAGAUAUCCUUUCCGAAGAAGAUUCUUGGACUUUGUUUGUAAAAAAUGCAGCAUCUUCUUUUCAGAAAUCAAAUGCAGCAUCAUCUUUUCAGGAAUCAACCAUUUUCUAUGAUAUAGCGAGAAAGGUAGCUAGGGAAUGUGCUGGUCUACCAAUUGCAUUGAUAGCAGUUUCAAAAGCCCUUGGAGAUAAAGACAUAGAAGAAUGGAAAGAAGCAGCUCAACGCCUAGAGAGGUCCCAAACAGCCAAUCUCGAUGACAAGGGAGAUGUAUUCAAAUGCAUAAAGUUCAGCUAUGAUUACUUGAGAUCUAAUGAUGCCAAGUCAUGUUUCUUGCUUUGCUGCCUAUUCCCAGAAGAUGAAGAUAUCCAAAUAACAGACUUGAUGAAAUAUGGGCUCGGGAAAGGAUUGUUUACAGAUGCCAACACACUAGAAGAAGCUCGAGGUAUAGCACAUUCAGUGGUCAAGUACCUUAAAGCUUCUUGCUUACUUUUGGAUAGUACUGAGGAUGGGUGCGUAAGGAUGCAUGAUGUCAUCCGGGAUACAGCCAUGUCAAUUGCAUUGUCUGAAGAUGGCCAUGGUUUUUUGGUAAAAGCUGGCUGUAAACUAAAGAAUUGGCCAAGGGGUAUGCAUGAAGGCUACUCUGCAAUCUCACUAAUGGGAAACAAGAUUCGCAAGCUUCCCGAGAAUUUGGUAUGUUCAAAACUCCAGAUUUUAUUACUACAGACUAAUUAUGAUAUACAAGAGAUUCCAGAAAGCUUUUUCCAAAGUCCUAGUUCAUUGAUGGUCUUGGAUUUUAGCAAAACUAGUAUUUCAUUACUACCCCAAUCAUUGAGUCUCCUAACCAACCUCCAAGCUUUGUAUUUGGAUUCUUGCAAGAAAAUAAUUGACAUAUCAAUACUUGGAAACCUGAAGAAGCUUGAGAUUCUUAGUAUGAGAAAAUUUCCUCUUAUGGAAUUGCCAGAAGAAAUAGGGAAUUUGGCUAAUCUUAGGAUGUUGGACGUCACUGGUGGAUGUGUUGAUACGAUUCCAUCUGAGGUGUUAUCAAAGUUGUAUAGAUUAGAAGAACUAUACAUGCAAUGUGAUUUUGGGCAUUGGUGGAGUGAAGUUGAGGGACCAGAAGAAAAUAAUAUUUGCUUUGUUCAGUUAACCAGCUUGGAAUAUUUAAUUAUCUUGAAGGUUAACAUAUCUUCUGCAGAUUUCUUGCCUAAAGACAUUGAACUUUAUCCAAAUUGGGUAAACUUUAAUAUAGGUAUCUGCAGAAAAUCAUUGGCCAUACAAUACCAUUGGGUUAAUUUGUUUUUAGAUGAUGAUUCAAGAACCUUGACUCUUGACACAACAAUCACUACGUUACCAGAUUGGUUUAUCAAGGUCGUAACAGCGAAAACAGAGAAACUACAGUACGUAGAGUGCAGGGGCUUAUGUAACAUUCUUGUGGAACAUGAGCAUGGCAAAUUAGAUUGUCUGAAGUAUCUCACUCUAUUUGGGCCCCAUAGGAGGUUGAAAAAGUUGAUGAAUACAACAACAUUAGUUCUUCCAAAUAAAUCAGUGUUCAAGAAUUUGGAAGUCUUGGAUAUUCAAGUGGACUACCUGAAGGAAUUAUGUGUUGGUGAAUUACCAACGGGGUCUCUACUCAAUCUUAAGGUACUGAAAGUGGAGAAAUGUUAUAGUAUGGUGAAUGCAGUUGUCUCAUCAAAUUUGUUGAAGAGACUACAAAAUCUGGAAACACUAAACUGCGGUUUCAUGAUUCAACUGGCAUAUGAUUUUAAAGAAACAUUUAUAGCUCAUGAGUAG